AUGUCUUCAAAAACCAGUUCUUCAGACGGGGCGGACAUAUCCUCGCAAUCGACACCAAUGCCGGAUGGAAUGCGGUCACCGCCGGUCUUUGCCUUCGCUCGGCUCCUGGAACCCCAAUACCUUCUGGUGGUCUUCAGCGCCCUGGGCAUCAUCUGGCUAGGUGCCCAUGGUUCGCUCCGCAGGCCGCCCUCGGCAGCCCCUCCAAAACUCAAGAAGGGCGAGAAGAAGCGGGAGGAUGAAAAGUUUGUUGAAGGCCUCGUCGCCUCAGACGCCAUCCGCUACCCCCUCAUGCUCGCUGCCGUCCUCAUGGGGCUCUACUACCUGAUCCAGUGGCUCCAGGACCCGGCAAUUGUUAAUAAGAUUCUCCGUGGUUACAUGUCCAUAAUGGCCAUUGUUGGCGUGGGGACUCUUGCUGGAGACAUCUUGGAUAAUCUCAAGAGCCUAGUCUUCCCGACCAUGUGGGCAGAUAGCAACGGCCAGGUCUACCACAUCGACCCUGACCGCCGCUGCCAGUACGUGGUCAACAAGUCCGGAGAGCAGACCAUCGUCAAGGAUAAAGAGACACCUUUGCCUGGUCCUUUAUCUCAGCUGGCAUUGUCGACGGCAUCGAGGCGGUACUUGUGGGAAUUUCGUCAUCUGGUCUCUGAGGAGUGGACCGUACGGCUUGCCGUUUACGGCAAAUCUCUUGUCAAAUUCGACCUUAGAGCAACCGACCUGCUCCGAUUCACCGUUGCCGGAGCUUUCACCUUGGCGUACCACAUGACAGCGUGGUCUGCACUAUCCAACCUUGUCAGCAUAGCCAUGUGCUACGUCACGUUCAUGAUGUUCUCACCCACGUCUUUCCCUAUCGGAACCAUGGUUCUGGCCAGUCUCUUCGUCUACGAUGUUGUCAUGGUCUUUUACACUCCCUACAUGAUAACCGUCGCUAAGAACAUUGACGCCCCCAUUAAGCUCGUCUUUACUAGCGCUAAAGGCGCCAGCAUGCUCGGCCUCGGUGACAUCGUCGUCCCCGGCAUGCUAAUCGCCCUGGCCCUCCGCUUCGAUCUCUUCCAGCACUACCAACGACAGACCAAGCUCGAGCCGGUCGAGCUCACCACCAAAUCCAAGUCCGACACGUCGCCCGACGCCACAGUCACCACCACCACGACCCAGCACCGCCGCGUCAAGGCUCCCUACGUCGACACCCGCGGCCAGUGGGGCAACCGGUUCUGGACGACGCCGCUCGGCCGUCUGUUCCCCGUGCCGGAAGCUACCGACGCGAUAGCGGCGACUGCGUUCCCCAAGCCAUACUUUUAUGCUUCGAUUGCAGGGUAUGCAGCGGGCAUGUUUGUCACGCUGACAGUCAUGCUGGUGUUCAACCACGGCCAGCCAGCACUGCUGUACCUGGUUCCCGGGGUCACGGGGUCGCUAUGGCUGACCGGGCUGCUCAGGGGCGAGCUCAAGGAUAUGUGGGGGUACACGGAGGAUGGGAGUUUGGAUACAGAGGACGUGAUUAUUGAAGUUGAUGGGGAAGGGAAGGUUGUCAAGGAGGUUGGCGGGAAGCAAAGGGAGAGUGAGAAUGGCGGGAUUAAGGUCAAGGGGGUUGGGGGGGUUGAGGAAAAGGAUGAGCGGCGGGACACUCCUGGUCGCCAGGAAUUGUUUUUGUUCUCGGUGACUGCACCACGUACUUCCGUGCCAGCGUAG